UUUCAAUGGGAAAACACAUCAUUGCCAUCUAUCGUUAAACAAAAUAUGCCUUUUAGAGGUAAAACCAAUAGGUACGCUCAAUUCUAUCGUAGUUCGUCUCAUAUUAAAGAGAUGGCACUCUCAUUUUAUAUUCAAAUGUAGCCGUUUUCUGAAAAAAGUAAGGUUACUUUCAACUACGAAUUCAAUUUGAAAACUUUGUAUUCUCGAAAUGUCUGAUUUCAAUGGAGAGGAUCUAUUAAAAGUUUUCAAAGACCUGGAUGUUCAACUACUGAACCUCAAUCGAAAUGUAGUAAUGGGUUGGUUCGACACCGAUGACAAAAACAUGAAGAACUUGUUGAACUGGAUGUGUACAUCUCUUUCAGUACAAAAUUACGUUUCACCCUUGGAAAAUGGAGAAUACAAACAUCUCAGUUCUGUGAUUUCACGGGAAAAACAGGAGUAUGAAAGAGAUAUCAUCAAUGACAGAUACCCAGGAAUAUUUGAUCCCGAUACCAAUGAACUAGAAGUUGAAUAUCUCCAAGAUGAAAUAGAAUUGAUGCAAGAGGAAGAAGACAAUUUGAAUGAAAUAAUAAGGAUAAAUAGACUGGUAGAUAAUAAUUUACGAAAAGAAUUGGAUAAAACCAUAUCCCUAGAAAUCAAGUCAUCUUUGCAGUUGAAAAACACCCAAGAAAAGUGUCUCGCUAUUGGUGAGAAACUAGAUGACUUGAAUGGAAAAAUCCAUGAGAAACUAUUAAAAUAUGGCAGGAAUUUGCAUGAUUUUGAAUUUAGUCCCAUUCCGAAUUUCAUCAACAAUAUGGACAUCAAAGUAUACCAAGACAAAGUUGAGAACAUAACUUCAAUGCUGAUGCCUGUUCUAGAUGACCAUCCGGUCUCGGUUAGCUUAAGUGUGGCUUCAAAUGCCACAUCAUUGGAAGUUACCAAUAUAAAUGAGACAGUGUCUCAAGAAUUGUACAGUAUGAGGCACAGGAUCCUUCAUAGUCGCAAAAAAUUCCUGGCGACCAAAAUCGAAGUGGAAAAAUUGAAGGAAAUGUGUAGGUAUUUAGAUAAGGUGACCGUUGAAUCUCUUCUUUCACCCACUGACAGUUUAUUCUUACAAGAAAACAUCGAAUCAAAAAAAGAAUCGAGGAGGAUGAUGUGCGGCAUGCUGGACAAAAUUGCCACCGAUUUUGCAGACCAGCAGAUAUCUUUAACGCAGCAGAAGUAUGUGGAAAAAGAACUUGAGAUAUUCCAGUCAAGACUGAACAACCUUUCAAAAAUUGAACAUUCCGUAAUGAAACUGAUGUCCCAUUACCUUGUGCUCAGCAUACUCUACAUCCAAGAGAAAAAAGACAUUGAUUGUUCGGAUAAUUUCUUCAGAAAAGUCAUACACUACAUAAGUCAAGAUCUAGAGAACUGCUUAUCAAGAACGGGAAAGAUAAAUCGCAUCAUCCAAGAAUACAACAGUCACUCCCCUGAGGAGAGGUUUACAUUGAUCAGGUCCAUCAUUAAGAUGCUAUCUUCAAGUGAGGAAACCUUUACAAUCACCAAAGCUUUUGAGGUUAUCUGCGAGCUUAAGAAAGAAAUCGACAUGUUGGAGAACAGGCUGUUUUCAUUCAGUUUCGACCAUUAUAGGUCUACGGCUCCAGAUUUAAAAGAGUCCAUAAAAAUCCUGCAACGAUUUCUAGUCUGCGGUCCUACACAUCGCGUUGUUCUGGUGCCUUCCGAUCUCAAUUUGGUUAUUCGUGAGGCAGAGGAAAUGCUGAAGAGGCAGUUAGCCUCUGUAAAAUCUGCCGUCGACAUAUCUUCUUCAGCGAAAAGGAUUCCCAACAAAUGGCAGAACUACAGGAGGCAGUUGUGGAUGUACUUCUACGUCGACCCGCAAAAGCUCAAAUAUAUUUUGCACCAGAUUGAGGAAGCGUUUGCUAAGUCGGAUAUGAAGAAGAAUUGAAGAGAUAUUUUAUACUGUUUGUAGGAAUUUCAUUGUGAUAAUAUUGUAAUAAAUAAGUUCAUAUCGCAAUGA